CCCUCCGACACACAGCCAAACUCGAGCGACGCGCUGCGUACGCACGGCGGCCCGACGCCGGCGCAGCGGGCGCGCCCGGGCGCCAAGAAUCACACCAAGUGGUGCAGGGACCAGGCACGCCGCCGGGGCUGCCUGUGCGGGCGAUCCCACCCCCUUGACCCAGCAUGAGCAAUAUACUCAAAAAGAUCCUGCCGCGGGCGCUGCAGGCCACGGGCAGCCCCACGGACCUGGAGUCCACCUGGGCCCAGCAGGAGGCCCUGCCGCCGUCCGUGGCCGCGGAUAAACUGCUGACGGAGACGUGCGUCGGGCCGUACGAGGUGCUGAGGCGGCUGGGCGACGGCGAGUUUUCGACGGUCGUGGAGUGUAGGAAGGCGGACAAUCCCGAGACGUACGCGCUCAAGGUCAUCGGCAAGGCCAAGGUCCAGAGGCACUCGUCGAUACUGAAAUCGAAGCGGAACAUCAGCCGCGUCAAUCGGGAAGUCAGGGCCAUGCGCGCGGCGAACCACGCGGGGAUCUGUCGGUUGUUCGACGUGAUGCAGACGCCGUCGCACAUCUACCUCGUGCUGGAGAAGGGCGACCGGGACUUGUAUGCAUUGAUAGACGACUACCCGGGCGGCUGCCCCGAGAAUGUGGUGAAGAGCGCGACGCGGAUCUUGGUCUUAGCGUUGCGCCAUUGCCACAACGCGAAGAUCGCUCAUAGGGAUAUCAAGCCCGAGAACAUCCUCGUGUGCGGCGACCCGCACACGUGGCACCAGAACCCCGACGCCGGCAUUGUUAAAUUAUGCGAUUUCGGAUUGUGUGCGGACAUCCCGGAGGACGGCGCGCUGCUCCAGGACUUCGUGGGCAGCCCGGGCUUCUUCGCGCCGGAACUGUUGCAACGGCCGGCGUACGACGGCGCUAGAGCUGACUUAUUCUCGUUGGGCGCGGUCAUGGUCGAGCUGAUUUUUGGGCAUGAUUUCUUCGGGGCCGUCUGGUACCCGGCAUACGAGGAUUUAUUGAAGGUAGAUCGCUUCGCCGCGGCCAUAGCAGAUGCGGUGGCGAGAGUGCGCUGCGGGUCGAAUGAACGGCCGCCUCUGGAGCCGCCCCUCCAGGCUUUGCUCAACGGUUUGCUGGAGGUCGUGCCCGAGCGCCGAAAAACCGUCGAAGAGCUGUGUCAUGAAGAAUGGUUCGAGCUCAUGCGGGGCGGCCCCGACCAGGCGUCGCUCCUGCGCUUGACCUUCGACCACUCGCGGCCCUCGGCGGGCGAAAAGCCCGCGAAGCAUAGGGCGCGGAGCAAAGCGCAGACGCUGCGGGGGUCCAGUGCCGCUUUGGCGGCGGCCGCCGCGGCGCCGGCGCCCGCGGACGCCGCGAAGCCGCCCUUCGUGCGCAAGGUCACGCCGCCGCCCGACGCGAUCCUCGAGGCCGCGCCGCCGCCCCGGGAGGGGCGCGUCGUCUCGCCGCAGCCGCGCGGCAGCCUCGGUUGAAAAAAACACGGGCGCGGGGCCCCAGGCCCGCGCCCCACCCGGCCUACCUGCCGGAGACCGGCCUACCUGCCGGAGACCACGGUCGCCUCGUCGACCCUUUCUCUAUCGCCAGCCGUUUUAUCGACAUCAACCGCCGGCGUGCUGUACAUUACUCCUGUAUAAGCCAUCGAUAUACACCACACCAACCCGUGAACUUGAAAUGUUAAAUCUUAGCAUCCCGGGGACCCCCC